UAUUCCCGCUUUCUUCACCAUCCUUCUAUUUCCCCUAAUCUGUGUGCUAAUUAGACUCUAAGAGCUCAUCAAAGCUUAUGCCUUUUGUCAUUGCAAAGCAAGCAAGAGGCCCUCCAAUUGGCCAUUGCCUAUCUUUCUUUCCUUAAUCCCAUAAAGUCAUUUCUGUCAGAGCUACAUAUAGUCACUUAAAGGAUUUAGAUCCCCACCACCACCACCACCACGAAUAUAUAUAUAUAUAUAUAUAUAGAGAGAGAGAGAGAGAGAGAGAGAGAGAGAGAGAGAGAGAGAGAGAGAGAGCGCUCCUCAGCUCACCUUCCAUGAAAAAACCCUAAAAUUUUAUCUCCUCACCAUGACUAGUAUAACUACAAGCGGUGUCACCCUAAACAUCAAAUCCUGCAGAACCAAGUUUGCUCAUAGAUUUGUUCGAUCUCUCUUGCAAAUCAGAAACCAUGCUCGGCCCAGUUCAUCGUCGUCUUCAGAGGAAAAACUGAUCCAAAAGCGCAGGCAGAGAAUAAAGAUAGCAGCUUAUUCAUCCAUGGCUCAUGCUGUUGGGCCAAGGAUGAACUGGAGCAGGGCUCUUCUCUUUAAGCUUCGAAACCGGGCCUGCAGGCACCGUAAGAAGAAAACGAUUGUUGUGAUCAGAAGAAAGACUAAAAAAGCCUCAAGAUCAUCACAGGGAUCGGUUCCUGUGGAUCAAGCAAAAAAGCUUCGGCGGCUCGUUCCGGGGGCCAAGUCCAUGGAUUUGUGCAGCUUGCUGGAGGAAACUGCUCACUACAUAACAUGCCUUUCCACGCAGAUUAAGGUGAUGCAGGCUUUAGCUGAUCAUCUUUCUAAAUGAGAGGAAUCAAAGAAGUGGAAGGAAUGAAAUUAUUGAUACAUACAGAUGAUACAGGCGAGUGUUGUGUGGGCGGUAAGUAUAUAUAUAUAUAUAUAUAUAUAUAUAUAUUAUACAAAACACAUGGAUUAUAUAUAUAGUUUUGGUUUACUGCAUAUGCUCAAACUCCAACAUAUAUGUGGUUAUUUGAAUUUAAAGAAGGAUGAUGUAAACUCUGACUUGAAAUUAAUGUACGGAUUAAAUAUUUUGUA